AUGGUUGGUAAGAAUUCCCCGCUCCUGCACAAUCUCACACUUGGGUACAAUAUCCACGAUGACUAUUUCAGCACUCUUGGCACAUCAGAUGCCUUGCUGGACAUCCUCUCUGCAGGAGAAGCCAAUGUUCCCAACUACAGCUGUGGAAAGAAGGACAACCAUUUGGUUGUUUUUGAUCGAACCGACAGGGACAUCUCCAUCCAGAUGUCAACAUUAAUAGCCCCCUACAAAAUCCCACAGUCCCUGCCUCAGUCCAGAUGUGUGGAAAAUUGUCAUCCUGGAUUUGUCAAGCAGAAGCGAGAAGGAGAACCAGUUUGCUGCUAUGACUGUGUUCCUUGUCCAGAAGUGACCAUCUCUACUCAGGAAGAUACUGAAAAAUGCACCAAGUGCCCAGAUAAUCAAUAUCCAAACAAGAACCGAGUCCAAUGUAUCCCCAAAAGAAUAAUCUUCCUGUCCUAUGAAGAACAUCUGGGCAUCAUCCUGCGGGACCUCUCCUUCAUCCUUCUGGUCUCCCUCCUCCUUUGCUUUUUGUCCUCAUUUCUCUUCAUUGGUCAACCAAGGAAAGCUACCUGUCUUCUCCAACAGACGGUGUUCAGCAUUGUCUUCUCAGUAGCUGUGUCUUCUGUGUUGGCCAAAACAAUCACAGUGGUGCUGGCCUUCCUGGCCACAAAACCAGGGAACAAAGUGAGAAGAUGGUUGGGGAAGGGCUUGGCCAACUCCAUCAUCCUUCUUUGUUCUGCUGGCCAAGUUUUCAUCUGUGCCAUGUGGCUUGGAAUUUCUCCCCCAUUCCCUGACUCUGACUUACACACCCAGCCAGAAGAGAUCAUCCUUCAGUGCAACGAAGGCUCUGUCGUCAUGUUUUAUCUUGUCCUUGGCUAUAUGUGUUUCCUAGCUAUCAUUUGCUUCACAGUGGCUUUCCUGGCCAGGAACCUGCCUGGGGCCUUCAAUGAGGCCAAGCUGAUCACCUUCAGCAUGCUGGUCUUCUGCAGCGUCUGGGUCUCCUUCCUGCCCACCUACCUGAGCACUAAAGGAAAGUUCUUGGUGGUCGUGCAGAUCUUCUCCAUCUUGGCUUCCAGUGCUGGUCUACUGGGCUGCAUCUUCUUCCCCAAGUGCUACAUUAUCAUCCUGAGACCUAAUCUAAACACUAAGGAACAUCUAAUGAUAAAAGUGGGAAACUGA